UCUUGUUUCUUUGCUUUAUCUUUAAUAAUUUAUGAGUAUUUAAUUCUAAAGACGAUGGAAAAAUCCUCUAAAAUGCAGAGUAAUAUUUCAAGAAUCAAUGGACAUGGAAAAAUUUCCUGUGUGGACCGUCAGUUUUUCGGAAAGGAACUCGAGGAAUAUUCAGCGAAUUCAGAAACCCGUUCUGCACCUGGAGACCUGUCUGAAUUACCCAGAGUAUGGCAUUGCCACAUGGAUUUGCUCCAACAAAAUGAUAUCCUCCAGCAGCCGGGACCAAGCAAUCUGGACGCGCGUAAAAUCUCGAAGAAUCGGAGGACGUUUGUAAAUGAUCGUAAUCUUGAACUAAGUUGUGGUGAUUCAAAAAAACAAAAGAGAAAAAAAGGUCAUUUACGUGGGACUCGAAGCAAUGGAUUUGCUUCUGGGCCACCUUUUCCAAAAUUUACUGAUCUCCAGAAGAGGAGAUUAUCACGCAAUAGCGAAACAGAUGACUACUAUUGUGAUGAUUAUCCAUGGGGUGCGCCUUUAAACGAACAGCAGAAAAAGCAACAAAUGGCACUUAUUGAACAUGAAAUCAAUGAAAUGGCCAAUGAAACACUUUGUGGAUUAGGACAAUGGAGACCACAGUGGUUACAACGUUUCGCUCGUAGGGAGUGGAUGUUGAUUUUGAUGUGUUGGUUUUGCUUAAUCCAGGCCAUAGAACGCCGCUUCCAAUUCUCCACUUCAGUUAUUGGACGCAUUCUACAAUUCUACGAAUUUGGCUAUGUUUUAUUCUGUAUUCCGGUUUCUUAUUUUGGUGGAAGGCAUUCAAAAUCAACUGUCCUAGGCAUAGGAUUGCUCAUUAUGUCGUUUGGUUCCCUCAUUUUUACAUUGCCACAUUUUAUUGCCGAUCCAUACACCAGCUCCUACCAAAACGAUGCUGUGGACCGCUCUAGAUGCUAUCUAAAUGACUCAAUAUAUUCCAACAAUUCUUUGUUUCCUACCAAGCAUGAAAGUUUUCAAGACGCAGAUUUUGAGGCUUUGAAAGCUUGCCCUUCACCAGAAAAUCAAGUAGGAAAUGGUUAA